AUGUCUGAUAACCCACACGCUCAUUUGAACCAUAUGGCUCUGUCCCGUCCUGGGUCAACCUACCCAGGACAAACCCGGACUAUCACUCCCGGACCUCGGGGUCCUCCAUAUGCGUACGCCCUACCUGAGCCAGCGUACCAAUCUGCUGGACCGUUCAACCCUGGACCAUCUAUUUACGGCCCUGCAGCUCCAGCCCAGGCCCCUUUCUACCCUCAGCAGCAGGGUUAUCCUUAUUAUUGCUACCCUCCUCCAGGUCCUUUGACAUCAGGACCUGCUUACUAUGCUCAACAGCCCCCACCAGCGCAUAUUACACUUGGCCCAUCUCUCAGCAUGCCGCAGGAGGCUGUCUUUCAAUAUGCCCCUAUGCAUCAAAAUUACAAUCCGAACAUGACUGGUUCAUUUCAUGACCAAAGCUUUGCCCCAAACAGUCAGAUGGGCAGUCAGAUGGGCACCUUUGACAUUCGACGCCCGGAAGUAAAUGACACUGCUCCUCUUCGAUACUCCCGACGAGCAAACAGCCGAGCUCGUCGCUCUGCUGCAUUUUUCCAGACAGGUGGGCGCCUCACACAGCCCUUGGCGCAUGUUGGAGGUGGAUCAAACCAGUCCAAUGUCCCCGAGCGAGCUGUUUCUCGGGUCUCACGUCCUCUGAUACCAACUGUGCCUGAAUUCUUUCCAGCAUCAGCUCACGUAUCGCUUGGUUUUGAAGAGCGCAUGGCCAAAAAUUCUGAGAGUGAAUCCUCUCAGCGUCCACAGCCUGCAAUUCCUUUCGUGGCAAACCACCAGACUGUUCAGACUCAGGUAGUCUCUGCAACUGGGGUGAACGGUUCCGGUGACAACGAGCAAGCAUUUAUGCAGACAUCACGUCCUUUGAUGCCUGAUAUUGCACCUUUCCAACCAGAUCAAACGUUCAUGGCACUUUCAGUAGAAAAUGAGGUCUCAAGCGCAAAUGAGGGACAGCCUCUUCAACAAGAUGCUGCUAGAAGAGAAUGGCUAGUGAACCCGUUUGAAAGAUAUGUGGCAGAGUCACAUCCUGCAGGUGUAGAUUCCUGUUGCACCAAUGAGCAGGGUACCGGCAGACCUCAAGCCAGAACGGGACAAAACACGAGGUUGCAGCAAGACAUCAUUUCUUCUGAUGAUGUUUUCGGUGAUUCCUCCACUAGCACACUUUCUCCCGACAAAUACCGAUCUUCGACCUGGCGACAGCGACGAAGUAAAUCUCUUGGUGAGAGCUAUGUCCUCGGCAUCCCUCCGCAACGGGAGUUCACCAAAACAACUAACACACGAUUGGCACCUUCUGAGUAUACGGAUUCUCUCACUAGUACACCUCAUGGCCAUGGACACCCCCGUGUGUUUAUUCCUGACAUGACUGAGCCUCCUGUCACACCUCAAACCCCACAGCUUCGCCCAAGAAUACCAAAGGGAAUAAUGUACUUUGACAACGAAUUUGCAGGCAGAAGAAGAGACCUCAUGAGUGAGGCAGAGGAUCAUGCAAGGAAUCAAAUGCAACUUGGGUCUAGAAGAUUGGAUAUGGAGGGAAGCGAAGCUGAUCAGCGGGCUGAGGCUUCUGUACAGCAGCUUGAACAUGAGCUAUUCCCAGGUGUAUGUGAUGUUCAGCGAUACGCCCCACAAUUACCCAGCCUCGAUAGAUGUGCCCGUCUGCUUGGUACUGCUGAUUUUGAAUGGAUGCCCGGUGAUGGUCCUCAUCAUUUCUGGGAUAACCUACCUGCACCCCGGCUACCAGAAGCUCGAACGAUUGCCGCUGACCCUGCGAAACAAGACAUGGUUUCUGCAUUUGAACAAGCGUUCCGCAACCUUGCCCGGUACAAAGAUGGCUAUUCAAACUAUCAGGGUCUCCCAAUUGACGCCAACACCGCUGGUCGAGAUGUGGAAGGACGUCUACCCCGUCAUCAGCCUAGCUGGCAAGCGCUCAACAGACACAGGAUGCUAGACCUGGCUGACCCUGAAGUUCGCUGUGAUAUUCGCAACAACCCAAAAGUUCGCCGUAACUUCUUCAACAAUGCAUGUGAGGUGCCUUACAUGGAGUCUAUCAACACAAACAGACGCCCUUGGGGCCGUUCGCCCUGUAUGUCUCCUCUGCUGGGAGUGCAGACACUCAGCUCGUUCCCACCUUUCAAUCCUAUCUCGCUUCCUCCAGAUGACCCUGGCAUGGUUACUCCAGCAGUUACUACUGAAGCUGUUCCAACUAAUGAGAACCCAACAACUACUGCCCCAAAAACUGCCGUCCAGUCCACCUCUCUUCCUCCCCGACCCGUGAUCCCUCUGGAGCGUCCCCGCGCUCCUCCCAAUGCACCUACCCGCCCGGCAGCCAUGAACAACACUGAACGACGCCCUCCCCGUCGACCCCUCAGUCGCCAGGUUUCGUUAAAUCGAUAUGGCUCGCAGAACCCAGAUGGCUCGCCUUCUCCCUUACCGCGUCACCUCCGCCGACACUAG